AUGGAUUGGUGCUGGACGGCCUCACAAUAUACAUGUCUUGCAGAUGUUGUACGCUCCGCCAAUGCAUUUUAUUGCCCAUCCUGCCGGGAGAGGGCUUGGGAUCAUGCACCACCUCAGUUUCCCUUGCCGCCUUCGGCUUCAGGUAGCCCUCUUGGCACCAAUUCGGGUGUCCACUCACCACAGACGCAAGAUUCACCGUUCGGAUCCACCUCAAUUAGAGCUGAAGGCUCGCCGGCGCCCUCUCGACCUACCUUCAGCUUUUCUCGAAUGGCACCUCCCGGCUUGAACCGGAUCGAUGACUACGAUUCUGGUCUUGCACCGGACAAGCUGCCCCCUGUUGCAGAAAUGUAUCCCCAGGUUCUGGAAUAUCUUAAUCGCCCAGGGGCUCAGACUGACCAGUUUGCCCAACUGCAAUUCAAGAACCAACUGGGAUUAAUGAUGAAAGAGAUCGAAUCAUAUCGAUCGCUGCUCCAGGAUCAGGUGAAUCUCAGAGAGGACCAUCUGAGAUUACAGGCCGAGAACACAAAGAUCAGAGCAUAUCUCAAUUCCAGUCUUGCGCCACGAGAACCUGCACUUGCAAGCCCUUCGACAUUCUCACACAGCAUCCCGAGACCACCAACAGAAACGAGAGGGAAAUCAUGGGAUGGCAUUGCCCUUGACCUGAUUUGA